ACAAGUUUCCUCUCAAUUCCCUGUAGUUACUCCCAGUCAUCAUCAUUAUCCUUUUCUGCGUCUCAUUCAACAGUUAUUCAGUUCAUCUCUUGAUAUUCACACUGCUUGAACAUUUGUCAACUCAAAUACUGGGAAAUAAGUUUUUGUACAUUUGUGAGUUUAAUUUGAACCAAUCAAAUCAGCAAUCAUUGCAAGUGCAACCAUUAGAUUUGCACAUGAAAAGACAUCAACUUUCAAUCAUAUAUUAAUGGUGAAUUUGAGUUUCUAAAAGCCAGGAUAAACCUGUUAACAUAUUGUGACAUCCCUUUGGAUUGCAAAUGAAUUGAAGUAAAGCAAAUCGUUUCGUCAGUUUCAUCAAUGAAAUUAUUUUCACAAUCAACUGAUUCUUUCAUAUUAUUACUGAUUCUCUGUUUUAAACUACAUUUCAUUUAAUCUGAUUGCUUCAAAGUUAUUUCCUAUGGAAACUGUUCCAAUAAGGAUCAACCUUGUUUCAACAUUUUAUCCCAUUCUGUUCAUAUUCACCGGUUUCAAGUUAAUCUUCUGUUUGGAGAGCUUAAGAACUAUCGAGAGACGCAUUUUGGACCAAACUAUUGGAAAUGGUAACUAUGAUAGUCGUAUUAGGCCAAGAGGUAAUACAACUUCGGAUAAAGAUGGACCUUGUUAUGUUAAUGUCAACAUACUAAUACGAAGCAUCAGUGAAAUCAGUGAUCUCGAUAUGGAAUACUCAGCUCAGAUAACUUUUCGUGAACAAUGGCGAGAUGAUAGAUUGGCUUAUAAUGAUAUGGUCGGUCAAAUUAGAUAUUUAACUUUAACGGAUCCAAAUCGCAUCUGGAAACCAGAUCUUUUUUUCCGAAACGAAAAGGAAGGACACUUUCAUGACAUUAUUAUGCCUAAUGUAUUAUUGAGAAUCUAUCCAAAUGGAGAAGUUCUUUAUUCCAUAAGAAUUUCAUUAGUCCUUGCCUGUCCUAUGGAUUUAAAGUAUUAUCCACUUGAUCUUCAAACUUGUACCAUCUCAAUGGCAUCAUAUGGAUAUACAACGGAAGAUUUAAUAUUUCAAUGGAAGGAGGGUGAUCCUGUUCAAGUAACCAAAAAUUUACACCUUCCAAGAUUUACACUACAAAGAUUUCAAACACAGUAUUGUACAAGCGCAACAAACACAGGGUCAUACAGUUGUAUCAAAGUAAACCUUAUCUUCAAAAGGGAAUUCAGUUACUAUUUGAUCCACAUCUACAUUCCUUGUAUAAUGUUGGUCAUCGUUUCGUGGGUUUCAUUCUGGUUGGAUCCAAAUGCUAUUCCAGCUAGAGUUUCAUUAGGUGUAACCACGUUACUCACUAUGGCAACUCAAAUUUCAGGAAUUAAUGCUUCCUUGCCACCAGUUAGUUACAUUAAAGCAGUCGAUGUUUGGACGGAAUGCUGUUUAACUUUUGUUUUUGGAGCUUUGCUGGAAUUCGCUUUGGUUAAUUAUGUUUCUCGAUGUGAUUCUCAAUCAAGUGUAACCUCAGCUAAUACUGCAAUUCCAGCAAAUUCAAUCCCGAUUCCUACAACAACGUCAUCGUCAACAUCAUCAGGAGCCUUAUCAUCAUCUUUCACCAAAAUGCCCAAGAAUUUACUUCUAAACCCACCUAAGAUGCCUAUAAGUAUUCGUGAUCCAUUAGGCAAUUGCGAGGCCAACAUGCUUUUUGGAAUGAAACCAACCAAAAGGAAAGUUUGUCCAGGUAGAAGGGGAAAUUUUAAUCAAUCCGAUGAAACUGAAGACGAUCCCAGUGAUGAUUUAACAGUAUGGUUAAAAUGGUUGAGAAAAUUUCCAACUCGAUCCAAGCGAAUUGACGUUCUCUCACGAAUCCUCUUCCCGACGAUGUUCGCAUUGUUCAACCUUGUCUAUUGGAUUACCUAUCUUUUUAUCGAUGAACUUCAAACCAGUGAAAAUUAAGUGAUUGGAUUAAAUAUCCAUGUAAAUCGCCAAAAGCUACUCACUCCUGUCUUACCUAUUUUUGCCCAUUUCAUUGCUGCCACAAAUUUAUUUUUGGACAACCUCAUAAAUAGAGAUGACCACAACCAAAGGCCUUUCAGAUUGAAGCAUGGUUAAUAGCUAUAUUUAAUAUGGAUUAUGUAACAAUGUAAUUUCAAUUGUUGACUUAAUUCAUCAGAGGACACAAAGAGGACACUCCAAAAGCUGAUAACAAAAGCCAAAAGCUUGCAUUAAAAAAUAAGGUUCACACAGGGUGAAAGGAGAGCAGUGAAAUAAAUGGUUCAUCAUUAGGUCUGAAAGGUUGAUAAUGAUGAUUAUAAGGAAGAUUGAGAUGUUUGUUAAGCUGAUUAUGUCUUUCAAUAUUCAGAGAUGGUUAAGAUUGAAUUGAAUCACAUUAUUUAUAACGAUAAACAUGUAAGAUGUAUUUAUGUUAUAUAUUAUACUGGAAAACACAGAGAGCAACCAGAAUCUGAAUAACCUACAAGAUUGAUGGUAAAUGGAGCAAGAAAGGAAUGAACAAUGAAUUUAAUAAUGAUUAUAUUCAUCACUACUUUUAUUAUAUUGUACUAUUAUUUAUAUAUCUAAAUAUAAAAACCCAGUUGAACAUUUACAAAAUUGACAAUCAUUUUGACAUUCAAAAUUGUUAAUGUUCAUUCCGUUAUUACCUUUGUUGUAUCUUUAACAAUCUUUUUUUGUGUGUCAAUCAUUGUCAAUGUUUAUCUGUAUAAAUAAUACUAAUCAUGACAAAGUAUUAUUAAUCACUGCCUUUAAAAUUUGUAUGUAAAUUACUCUUUUCACCAACUCAAUCUCUUGUCAUCCACAAUUCUGACUCUUGGCUUUGUAUUGAUAUUUAAUUGUACACAAUUGUGAUAAAUCUAGCGAUCUAUUUCUGUCCCGUUUCUAUUAACCCAAAAAUAAUAGAUCAAGUAAGUCACAAAAACGUUGAUUAUUGAAUCCGGUGCAACACAUUUCCAAUGAAUUUUGAAAAAAUCUCAAUUUUUCCACUCUUUUUUUACCAAUUCAUUUUACUUUUAUCAAGCCUUCAAGUCCAUUAGCAAAACAUUAAUCAUUGUUAAAAUUAUCAUUGUUUUUCUUCCUUUUCUCCCUCAACAAUUAAUUAUCAUCAUUCGAGUUUGUUUCUCAGUUGACAACCCAUCAAAUUAAAUUGUAAGUUCAAAUGUUA